UCCGGGAAACCUCUCAAUCGUUCAUUUUGGCAGCGGCAAGUGGAUACAGAGACACCAGGUUACAGGAAUCCUUCACUUCCUCUCACUCGCACUAAGAAAGUCAUAAAGAACGAUCCAGACGUGAACUUGAAGGUAUGUCGCUCCAUCAUAAAAUAA